AUGGUUCAUAUAGCCUUUGACCCAAGGACAAUCGGUUACGACGACCAUCAUAUAUCUAUCAGCCAAGUAGGACAAGGCGCAGAUGAAAACUAUUACUAUUUUCGUGGACUAAAUCCUUAUCAACGUGGAUACGGGAGACAAGCGGGUGGUGGAGUCGGAGAUGUACUCAGAAAUUUUUGGCGUUUCCUCCUACCGUAUGCAAAACGCGCGGGUACAGCUGUAGCAAAGGAAGCAUUGGAUACUGGUGGGAGAAUUUUAGAAAGUGUGGGGAAUCCAGAAUUUGGCAAAGAAGAUUCUAACCCAAAUUUUAAGCAGACAGUAAUAAGUGAAGGAAAACGGGGGUUGGACAGAUUACUCGAGAAAGGAGGAUUGCCAAAACAAUUUGGAACCGGAUUGCGAGCCAGAGCUAGUAUAAAAGGACUCAAAAGAAAUCGUAAACCUCAUUCAACAUUUUCAAAGGAAAAAAGUCAUCAACUCAUUAUUGGAAGACCUCCAUCUCUUACCCCAAAAAAGAAACGUCAAAAAAUAGACACAUUCGGUCUUUAUUAA